AUGCCUGCCUCGAAACGAGACGCCCUCCUCGCCGCGUCUCAAGCAUUCUGCAGCUCGUUCGCCAACAAGGAGGCGCCAGCGAACGUCCUCAGCCAUUUCUCAUCUUCCGAUGACGUGCUGGCCGUGGAACAUGGUCUGCCUCAAUUGGCACCGUUCCUGGGCCGUGACUUUCGAGGACAAGCAGGCUUGGAGGCCUACUUUCAACUUCUGUCUUCGCACUUGAAGUAUGAGGACAUGAAGUUCAGCAACUUCGUCGUCGACGCCGAGGUGUCCAAGGUAUCGGUGCGAGGCGAAGCAAUCUUCACCUGGAUCAGCACAGGGCAAUCGUGGGACGAAGUCUUCACCUAUGUGCUCGAGUUCGACCAGGAGAACCGGGUCUUGGUCUACGAGGUUUGGGCCGAUAGUGGUGCCGCCUAUCUAGCCAGCGAGGCCCAACUUAAUCAAUAG